AUGACGCCUUUGAGGAGGCAGAGCAGGAUCCCUCCGGGGUCAUGGAAUCUAACCCGCUACCCGGGUGUAGUACUCAAAGAUCGUUUGCAGACGCACUUCCUGCAGAUUUGGUGGACCCCUCUGGGGACCCGUUAUUUAACCCUGACUCGCUCCAUCACCCUACCUUUGGACCAUGUGUCCAAAUAUUUGGAGGCGCGGGUGCGGUGCCCUCUAUCCAGAGAGGCCCGCAAUAAGCUCAGGGCGGAAUGCCCCAGACCGAUCAUCCCCAACAAGGUCUGCGAUACCCCGUCUGUGGAUCCGAAAAUGAUCCAAUUCCUUUCUAAAGCGGGUUGGAACCCGCGUAAGGGCCUGGAGUCAGCCCUGCGCUCCUGCCAGGACAAGCUCCUGGACGUGUUCGGCCCUCUAGCCAAGAUUUUUGAUCUGGCGGAGUCAGCUAAGGCUGAGGGCGGUCAGGUAGACCCAGUAGAGUUGCGCGAAUGGGUGCAGCGCGCCAUUUGCAUUACGGGCAACGUGAAUACGUCCCUAUCCAUGGAACGGCGCAAGGCCAUCUUGUUCAAAAUUGAACCAAAACUCGCAAACUUGGCACUGACAGAGACGGGAAAGGAGGCUCAAGGCCUACUAUUUGGAGAGUCCUUCAUCAAGGACCUAGGCCGCUAUGUAGGCGCUUUCACCGCCCUAGAUAAGGCCCAAAGUUCCAUGAAAAGAGUUUUCCAUGAACAGAACCGCGUUCUGGUGGACUCAGAGUUGUCGGACCUGGUCCGCAAGGGGGCAGUAGAACCAGCCCCGGGACCCCCUUACGGGGUAAUCAGCAACAUCUUUCUGGUUGCAAAGAAGGGGGGUCAGAUGAGACCCGUCAUCAAUUUACGCGCUCUCAACGCGUUUGUCGUUUACCGCCAUUUCAAAAUGGAGGGGAUCCACUUACUGCGAGAUUUACUGCAGAUGGGCGAUUGGAUGGUCAAAUUGGACCUAAAAGACGCUUAUCUUAUGGUACCGGUAGAGGACGCGUCCAGAAAUCUCCUCUGUUUCUCUUGGCAGGGCAGCGUUUGGCGGUUUACGUGCCUCCCAUUCGGCCUCUCGUCGGCUCCAUGGUGUUUCACCAAACUGAUGCGUCCAGCCAUGGCCUGGCUCCGCAGUCGGGGAGUUCGCCUCAUCAUUUAUCUGGACGAUAUCCUGAUCAUGGCUCAGGACUGUUCGGUGUUACUAGACCACCUUCGCUGGACCAUGGACCUGCUCUCAGAGCUGGGGUUCCUGCUCAAUCGGGAGAAGUCCUGUCUCUCUCCAUCCCGAGAGAUGGAGUUCCUCAGGUUCAUGGUGGAUUCCACAGCGGGGACCCUCAGCUUACCAUCGGCCAAGAUUCGGUCGAUUCGCAAAGAACUGCUCAGAGCCAGGUCGUCCCCCCAUAUCCCGUUACGUCAGCUGGCGAGGAUAAUAGGCCUUCUUGCAUCAUCCAUCCAGGCGGUCUUCCCAGCCCCGCUCCAUUACCGGGCUCUCCAGCGCCUGAAAAUCGCUCAUCUACGGAAGGGAGCUUCCUACGCGGACUGGAUUCCCUUGGACGAGGAAACCAGGGAGGAGCUGUCCUGGUGGAUCCACAACUUGCAUGCCUGGAACGGCAAGGCGAUUUUUGGUCAGCGCCCGGAUUCCGUGGUGGACUCGGACGCCAGCCUAUCGGGCUGGGGGGCUCACUGCGAGGGAAUCACGACUGGCGGAGGCUGGUCAGAAAUAGAGACGGGGUUCCACAUCAAUGCGUUGGAACUGUUGGCGGGCUCUUUUGCAAUCAAGAGCUUCACGAGGGACACGGCCAGAUCCUGCAUUCAAUUGCGUAUGGACAACGUGUCAGCUGUACGUUACAUCAACGGCAUGGGAGGAACCCGGUCCACCAUUUUAUCACGGUUGGCGAAGGACUUCUGGGACUAUUGCCUAUCCAAGGAAUUGGUGGUCUUGGCAGAAUACCUUCCGGGCGUUCACAACAUCCACGCGGACUGGAGCUCUCGUCAUCUUUCGGAUUCCAGCGACUGGCAGUUAGAUCCUGAACACGCAACUGGCACGAUUUUACAGCUGGCGCCCGGAUCCGGAAGCCGAGGCCGUGGAUGCAUUCCUCCAAGAUUGGUCCAGAGGGAUCCUCUAUGCGUUCCCGCCGUUCCAACUGAUUCCGCGGACCCUCAUUCAAGUGCGCCGGUGUGUCGCGGAACUGACCUUGCUGGUCCCGUUUUGGAGCUCCCAAUCAUGGUUCCCCCACCUUCUGGAGAUGAUGGUAGAGAUCCCUCGCCUUCUCCCGACGUCGCCGACUCUCCUCCGCGACCCUCGCCGCCAGCCACAUCCUCUUCUCCUGGACGGGACACUGCGCCUGCUGGCGUGUCGGAUUUCAGGGGACCCUGGGAGGUCCCGGGAGUUUCGGGUACAGCUAAAGUCCUUCUGGAGAACGCAUGGGCCCCAGGAACCAGGAGAUCUUAUAGAUCAGCCUGGGGGUUUUGGGCUGACUGGUGCUUGGCUAGGGACUUGGAUCCCAUUUCAGCACCUGUGACGGAGAUUUUACAUUUCCUGUCUUCCCUCUUCGACCAGGGCAAGGCGUAUCGCACCAUCAGCCUGUUCAGAUCUGCCAUCUCAGCGUCUCACCAAGGCUUUGACGGGACGCCUGCGGGUCAACACCCUUUGGUCUGCCGGCUGAUGCGCGGCUCGCGUAUGUCUCGACCUCCGAGACCAAGGUUCACCACCACUUGGGACGUGUCUCGUGUUCUCUCCUUUUUGUCUGCUUGGCCCCAGAAUUCUGAACUCUCCCUUAGGCAGUUGUCUGCGAAACUGGUCACUCUUCUCUGUUUGAUUUCUUGCAAGCGGGUGUCCGAUGUCAGGGCUCUGGAUCAUGAUGCCCGCUCCUACGGAAGGGGUCACGUUUGA